GUGUGCCUGUCCUGUGUCGCCAUAAAUACAACCACCACCGGUGUAGUCCGGCGGUGAGUACAACAACAGACCUGCCCACCGGCCGGCCCGUGUCUCUCCUACCUGUCUAGUCUUCCUUCCCGUGUGCCGGCCGGUCUCUGCUCCGUGCGUUCCUCUCUAAACGCUCCAGCCUCGCCCUCCUCGCUCCAGUCCUCCUUGCUCGUCUUCCACCAGGCACCACCCACCAGCAAAUUAAGGUCCAUGGUGAUGAUGGGUCAGCUUGGGCGUCUGGUGGACGGCAUCAAGUCCAGGCUGCGCGCCGGCGGCGGGAACAAGCAGAGGGGCGGCGCGACGAGGAAGCCGGCAGCGACGACGACGACGACGACGGGGUAUGACAAGGUGGAGAAGACGGAGAGCAUGCGUGUGGAGAUCCGGAGCCGGCAGGCGCGCAAGCUCAUCGCCAAGAACCUCCACGCCGCCGACUCCAUCGGCCGGACCCGGACCAACAAGCGCUUCUUCCUCGCCUUCUGAUGACGAUGCAUGAUGAUGAGCUCCUCCAAGCUACGAGCUAAUAAUAGUGUGUGUGUGUGUGUGUAUAUAUAUAUAUAUUACUUGCUUUAUUAGCUGCGGCCUGACUCUAUAUACAUACAUAUUCAACUGAUCAAUAGAUCGAGUGGUUGGUGAUUCAUCGUCUAUGUGCGUGCGACGUAACUCAAGAGGCUGUACCUCUCUGUGACCAUGUAUACAUGUACUUUGCUUUUGUACUUUAUGUUUUCA